CUCUGGCUGCGGUCACACAGAACGCCCGACGGCACGUGUUGACUGCAUUUAAAAAGCUUUUUUAACAACAUUUGGCAGGAGUUGCAGUGGCCGAGCCAGUCGCAGUAGUUGCUCAGCAUGUUCUACCUAAUCGGCCUCGGCCUUGGCGACCUCAAGGACAUCACGGUCAAGGGUCUGGAGAUAGUGAAACAGUGCAGUCGUGUGUACCUGGAGAUGUACACUUCGAUUCUGGGCUGCAGCCUUGAGGAUAUGCAAGAGUUCUACGGGCGGCCGCUGCUGCUGGCGGACCGCGACCUGGUGGAGCAGGGCGCUGACGAGAUCCUGGCAGGCGCUGGAGAGUCCGACGUGGCUCUGCUGGUGGUGGGGGAUCCGUUCGGGGCCACCACCCACACAGACUUCAUAUUGCGCGCCAAGGAGAAGAACAUCCCCUACAAGGUCGUGCACAACGCCUCCAUCAUGAACGCAGUGGGCUGCUGCGGCCUCCAGCUAUACAAAUUCGGCGAGACGGUGUCCAUUCCGUACUGGGACGAGACCUGGAAGCCCGACAGCUUCUACGACAAGAUCAAGCUGAACCGCCUGCACAACAUGCACACGCUGUGCCUGCUGGACAUCAAGGUGAAGGAGCCCACGCCAGAGUCCCUGAUGCGCAAGCGCAAGGAGUAUAUGCCGCCGCGCUUCAUGAGCGUGGCAGAGGCAGCCCACCAGCUGCUUGCCAUCGUGGAGAAGAAGGACGCCCUGGAGCGGAACACGGUUCUCAACGAGCAGUCACUGUGCGUGGGUCUGGCCCGCGUCGGCCAAGAGUCGCAGCAGAUUGCUGUGACCACGCUGCUCGAGAUGCGAUCCACCGACAUGGGCGGACCGUUGCACUCGCUCAUCAUUCCCGCCAAGGAGAUGCACCCGCUGGAGGUGGAAUUCCUGCAGCAGUACGCCAGCCUGAAGCUGGACGACUACAACCAUUAAUUAACCGCUGCAAGUUACCUAUUUAAGUGUCUAGGAAAUGUCUGUGCAUGCAUCUGAAUUGAAUUUACGAAGCUAGAAGCUGGCAGCUGUAAGCUCGAGGCUCUGCCUGUGCAAGGAAGGAAAGUGAUAUCGCUUGAUGCCACCCGUAUACGUAUGUAUGUAGCCCGCCGGUCCUCCGGCAAUUGAAAUAAAACCGCAUUCACCCAUCGUA